GUCAGCAUUAGCACUCUCUCACUAGUUACGCUUAAGCUAGGUUUACUUGACAGAAUAUCUGUUAAUUUCAUUAUUACCUAAUGUUACAUAACAGCUAUGGGUUUUAAAAUCACAAGAGCAAGAAUAUUAUGGGUGAUAUUCUGUAGUUUUAAAGACGAAAUGACAGCAGCCACACGUAAUCAGGUUCUAUCACUGUAUAUGAGGGUAUUUCGGAUCGCUCGUGGAUGGCAGUCCACACUCCCUCAAAACACUGAAGGCGAACGACAAUAUAUUGUUCGGGAGGCCCAGACCCUCUUCAGACAGAACCAACAGUUGACAGACACUGAAUCAAUAAAGAAGUGCAUAGAUGAAUGCGUGGCAAGAAUAGAGAUUGGUCUUCAUUACAGGAAUCCCUAUCCAAGACCUAUCCAUCUGCCUAUAAUGGGACUGGCAACCCAGAAAGGCAGGAAGUUGAAAGCACAGCAGCGCAUGAGGAAGCAGGCUAACCCAGUUUACUUACAGUCACAUGAUGAAGACAGUUGAUACAUUAAUUGUAUAUUCUUUUGCAUGGUUCAGGACUGGAUUAGAGGCACAUGCAGAUAUAAAAAGGAAUUGAAAGUAUAUGACUUAUGUAUAGGAGAAAUAAACAUUUUCAAUGUUCAUCAAACACAUUUCAUUGUCUUGCCCUAAUGCAACCAAUACUCUUAUCUGUACAAAACAUUGUCACAAGUAUGUAUUUGAUUCUGAAAAAAAGCUGUUAUUUAUGUGAAUGUCAGCACUAUGUUCUGUAAGGUAAGCAGCCAUGAAUCUAUAUAUUAAUGUACAUUUAUUUAUUCAAUAAAUAUAUUUUUUAUAAACA